CAUAUUGGACAGUUGUGUCGACUGUGUGGGAAGUCUUGACGGUGGCGGGGCUAGACUGUCGUGUUCAGACUCUACAAGUGAGGUUUUGGAGUCGCCAUUGCGGCUGAAUAUCCGCUCUCUCUAGAGAACCGGUUGUCCGCGAUAUUCGGGGAGGAAUGAGCCCAACCACGGACGCUAAACGAGGAGCUCAGCCGCGCAGGAAGAGCAAACGGGGCGGCGGUGGCAUCGGCAGCCUGUCGGUACAGGCCGGGACUCCGGGUAGAGACAGCGGCGUUCGAACGGUGAACAUCGCGCCCUCCGCGGUCGAAUUACUGUCAGCCGAUCGGGCCGGGAGCGGGACCUUUGGGAGAGUGGCAGCAGUGAACGGAGAGACACCAGUGAAUUGUACACAGUUUACCGAAGGCCUCAUGCGUUCGCAGUUUGCCGGGGCCCUGCAGAUGCCGUUCACCUUUGGGCUCAACCAGAAGGCCCCGUUCCCCUCCGAGGCGCGCUGCUUGCUCUGCCGGGGGGAGAGGAAAGACUCCUCAUCGCCAGACUGUUGGAUCACUGGCUCCACUCCAGGGGGCUUCUUCGCACCUCCCAAAAGUACCAGCCUUCUUCAGCUGCCCCUGUGGGUGUGUCACGAUUGCAGGAGCGCUGUGGGGAGGGAGGAGCGCCACAGUGUCACGGAGCACACUCUGCCGACCCAGGACUUCCUCUUGCAUGUGCCUGUUGGAACCAGCGGUAUGCUGUCAGAGUCCGUCGCACCGGGUCAGCUUGUACCCACGGCAGCAAGUCUGCCGACCCCGGACUCCAGCUCUCUUCCUGCCACGGAGGGGCCAUGUAGCUGCGGCAGCUGUAGCAAACAAAGGGAAAUGUCUGCUGAUGUGGAAAGGGAGUCCGUUCUUCUGCAUAAAUGCUGGUCGGAGGUGCGAUACAUGGUGAGGUGUAUCUACCGGCAAACGGGAACCCCCCUGGCUGAAAGCCAGGAUCUGCCUCAAGACCAGGAAAAGGAGGGCAUGAAAGAGCUGGUCGACAGGCUCUGCAGAAAAGACCCCUACCAGCUCUACCAGCGGCUGGAGCAGCAGGCACGCGAGUAUGUGCUGGAGGUUAGGGACCGCCUGCUGAAGCACCUGCCGCCGGGGCCCAGGGACCCUGCGGGGGAGCGGAGCCGCCCUGAGGCACACCAUUUUCUGUCCGUGCUGCUGGUGGAAUACAGCGCACUGUGCCAGGCGGCCCGCACCAUCAGCACCUUCCUGCCCACGCUGGAAAACCAGCACCUGAAGAGGUUCCACGUGACGUGGGAACUGCACGACAAGCACCUGUUCGAGAAGCUUGUAUUUUCAGAGCCCCUUCUGUGCAAUAGCUGGCCGUCCCUGGUGGCUCAGCUCAGGCAAGGCGCAUCCCCCCAGUACUCCUUUGGAGAGGGCGUGUAUGCAACACUGCUGCAGCGAUGCCAGCAACUGGAGCAGGAGAUGGCAAAAGUCGCUACCCAGUGGCUGGAGUGUGAAAAGCUCAUCAAUGACUAUGUGGACCAGCAGUUGCUUUUUAAAGCUGAGGGACAGAACCACACGACUCAAAGGACUCCACACACGUCAUUAAUCAGCAGAAAUACAUCGUUGAAAGCAAAGCAUAGAACACUAAAAGAUGACUGGGAGUUCUUUAAACAGCAAAGGUUUAUUGAAGAACAGCUAACAAACUCUAAAACAUCCCUCAUGGAUGGCGGCUUCACUGAAACGGUGAGAGACGUGCUGUCGUCCAGGCUGAGUAUUCCAGACUGUGCUAACUGCAGCUGUCGAAGAAGGUGCACCUGCGAUGACUGCAGUCUUUCACAAAUCCUGGCCUGUGGCGCUACAGACUCCCACAUUGAGCCCACUGGGUCCUUCUUGUCUGAAGAGCACCACCCUGCCUCUGGCUCCCCCAUCACCCAUCAGCAUCCCUGCAUCCUUCGGAAUGACUGCAGCCCGCCUUUCGGCAGCAACGGUGAUGCUCCCGCGCUCCCAAAAUCAUUCGCCGACGUGUACCCGCUGAGCAACUACCCCCGCAUGGGGUCCAUUCUGAACGGUGCAUGCAGAGGAAAGGAGGUGGUUCUGAAAGAUGAGUCUCCGCCAGUCAGCAGGAGCUGCAGCUCUUCCGAGGCCGAUGAGGAGGAGGGCAACAGGGAGAGUAGCGAGGAAUCUCCCCCAGGGAAGAGGAGCCCCAUGAAGGACAAGUUGAGAAAUGGAGGAGACCCGCCCUCUUAUCUGAACCAACAGGCUGAGCGGCUCCAGCACCCGUGCGAGUGCCACGUCUGCAAGCAAGAGGUCCCUGGUCCUACCGGCACCGCAGGGUCCCUCUCCGGCAGACUGCAUGCAAACCCCCAUUUCUUCCCAGAGAAUACCUCACACCCAGCCCUGCACCUCUACCCACACAUCCACGGAAAGCUGCCUUUGCACAGUGCGGGCCAUUUGCCCAGGCCUCUCCUCUGCCCCACUGCCUUCCCAAACACUUCUUUUGCACAUAGCAAGAUGCUACCCUCAGUCCUAUCAUCAGACCGCUCAGGCAAGCAGCAGACCUUAAGCCCCUCACUGCCAGAGCAUGUCUACCAGAACUGUUUUACGGCUAUGACACCCUGGGGUCGCAACCCACACUGCCAGCCGCUGAAGCUAGAGAACAUUUGGGACACGACUCUGAAGAGCUGGAACCCCACAUCCUUUUUUGAGGAGCCUCUUCCAGAAGGCGUAGACUCGUACAGACCAGCCCUCCUUGAAACACCACUAGCCACCCCCUUUCCAUCAUCCACCGACGAUCCCCUAGUACCCCUUGAGACCAAAGAGAAGAAGAACGUGAAGAAGAAGCACAUGUACGGCUUGCAGGAGGUGAUCCCAGAGGCCAGUAGGGUGGUGAUGGCCACGUCCUCGGCCACUUCGUCUGUUUCCAGCACGGCCACCACCGUGCAGUCGAGCAGCAGCCAGAUCAAGGUUUCCUCGAAAAGGCCUGAUUUGCUAGGUGACAUAUUUCACAGCGUUGUUAAAGAAGAGCACAAGCACACAAAUACCGCUGCAUCGAGAAGCAGCCCCACUGGGCUCUGUCCCCUUCCUACCCUCAGUGCACCAUGUUUGUCCUCGUCCUCGGCCCCACAUCUCCCUGCCAUGGACCCACAGCGCUCACCCAAGGAGGCGUCCACAGCCCCCGGCUUCCUGGACGCUCACUCCGGCCUCCUGCCCCUCUCUCGAACCGAAGGUUCAGUCAGCAGCGCUCCUCCAAGUGUGUGCAGCGACCCAGACUGCGAUGCCCAUCGUUGUGAGGGGAGCGGUGCCUACGACCACCGGGCGUACGAUGGAGAGGACAGUCAGGACGAGGACAGCUGCUCGGAACACAGCUCCAGCACCUCCACGUCCACCAACCAGAAGGAGGGGAAAUACUGUGACUGCUGCUACUGUGAAUUCUUUGGCCACGGAGGACCCCCAGCUGCACCUACGAGCCGGAACUACGCAGAGAUGCGGGAAAAACUGCGCCUGCGGCUCACGAAGAGGAAAGAGGAACAGCCGAAGAGGGAGGACCAACAGGUUGUGGACAGGGAGAACGUGGAGGACCACCGCAAUGUAGACGAGCUUCUGCAGUUCAUAAACAGCGAGGACGCUAAGCCCACGAGCAGCUCCCGCGCUGCCAAGAGGGCGCGGCACAAACAGAGGAAGAUGGAAGAACGGACCCGUCUGGAGGAGGAGGCCCGGGAGAGGGAGCGCCAGGAGCUACUCGCCAAGGAUCGGCAGAGGAAUGAUGAGGCCCUGAAGCAGGAGAUUCUCAGGCAGCUCCAAGCAGCCAAGAAGAAGCGGAAGGACCAGACUAGAGAGGCACCGGGCCUGCAGAGUCCGCGACUCUUGAAGGAGUCCGCUCAGCACGCCCUGGAGAGCCUCCUGAAUGGCAAGGCUGAGCUGCUGGCUGAAUCCACCAUGGGGAACGGCGACAGCAACCGGAACCACUUAAGGCAGCUCCGCCAGCUACUAACUCAAAAAGCAGGCAAGGACAAGCUUGUGGAAGUUCUGCCCAUUGCCGAGUCACCGUCAUGGGUAGAGCUCAGCAGUCGUCCAACACAGUCCAGUGGCCUGGUUGGCGACGCGCCCGCAGAAUCGGGACAAACCCCAAAAAUGACGGAGGCGGUUGCCCCGCUGAUGUCCAGUAAUCCCCCGCUUGAGACGAGGCCCCUUCCUUCGGGGAGCCUCACCUCCAAGAGCAGCUGCAGAAAGCAGACAGAAACAGUCCUGCUGGGGGAGAAGAUGAGCCCCGUUGUGGAGGCCACGCUCGAACACGAACAGCGGAAUGGCAAGACUGACAGUGCUGAGUCCCCACAGCCCAAAAACAAGGCUAAGAACAAGAAGAAGAAGAAAGGAGAGAAGCUGAAUAGUUACAUUGACGAUGUGUUCCUGCCCAAAGACAUAGACCUAAACAGUGUAGAAAUGGAUGAGACUGAACGGGAGGUGGAGUACUUCAAAAGGUUUUGUCUGGAUUCUGCCAGACAGACGAGACAACGGCUGUCAAUCAACUGGUCCAACUUCAACUUUAAAAAGGCCACUUUUGCUGGACACUGACGGCGCCCCUUUCCGCGAUGAAUGCAAUGACCCAGUCCUGCUGCAUACAGCGCUUCCCACGGAGCAAAUGCUGCCUUACCUUCUCCAUGCUGCACAGGCCUUUCGUGAACUCUGGCCUGAUAUUUAUGCAGAACUUAAAAGAAUUUAAAAAAAUAAAAAAGGGGAAAAACCCUUUCAGAUUUUCACAACUUUGUGUGUUCACU